GGCGGCGGGAGGGCGCAAGGUAGACCCGUCCUUGUGGCUCCCCUCCCCUCGACCCAAUGUGGCGCGCCUCACCCGACCUUGGUGGAGUCGGACAAGGGGGGGAUCACCACAGCUGUCAAGCUCCGAGGCAAGCCACUUAUGGAGCGAUAAUGGAGGAGACAGCAAGGGUGCCCUGAGCUGUGUGCUCUUUUAAAGCGACUCCAACAGCAGGAGCAGCAGCAUGGCUGCUGGAGUGUGAGGCACCAUCCAUCACCGUCCCCCAAUAUGAAAAUUCUAGUCAUCCUAGUCAAUCUACUGUGAUCUCUUAUCUCCCAAGACAUAAGUCAUUACUGUAUAGUGAUAAGAAAUAUAUCUAGUAAGUAUGCAUUAUACUGAAAGAAAACAAUCGUGCUGAGUUGUGCUCAAAUACUUAUCAUAAGGGAAGUAGUUUUUCCUCAGUAUGCCCAGUAAGUCUUCUUAUUUAUCUUUGUCACAUGAAACCCGGGGCUUCCACUGCAAACGUGUAUCUGACAUCAAGAGCAAGUCGUAUCUCUCAUCCAAGUGUUUUAUUACCUCAACUCCUCUUCCAUCACUAGCAUCAUUAUCACAAAAGAAACUCAUUGGCUACCAUAAGAUCUCUUGUGCUACAACUGGCUCAGUUAUCAGUUUGAGCAAUUCAGAAAUUCAAGGUAAAAUAUCCAGUGGAAUAAAAGACUUUGAAAUCCCCAUUUCUGGGGCUUCACAUUGUCAAAUUGUGGCAAAUGCUGGGACCUUCAGAAACGUAUUGAUCAAUCUUCCAAUAUCAGAUAGAUGGAAUGACAAAUUUCAGGACUCUUUAAGCAAGCCAACUAAAACACAUCAAAUAUUUAAUAACAAAGAUAAAUCUGACACUCAGUUUGAUGAGGUCUAUAUAUUAACAAACUUUAACCAUGCACACUCAGAGUCGUAUAAUGCCUUUGACCAAAGGAAAGAUGCUCUAUUGAUUGGUGGAGAUCUUUUAAUCUCAAAGACUUUUGAAUCAUCUUGCAAAAGUACAGAGAAAGACAUUAAUAUUAGAGCUGAAAGAAAUGUUUUUUUUUUUCCCACGCAUACCUCAACACAUGACACUCUGACAAUAGAAAAGAUAGAAUAUAAGUGUGAAGUGCUGCAGGAGCACAGCAAGGUGUGUGGGUGUCAGACUCCACGCCUCCACGUUUACUUGACAAGCAACCACCGCUGCAGGGACCUCUGCACAAUCAAUAACUACACUAACAUUUUUACUAAUAGAGAUCCCAAAAGCUCUUCUGGCUGUACAGUCAAUAUCUGCUCCACUGCAGACAUGAGAGGAAAAUCUAGAGGUAGACCGCAUAUGAGAAAACCUGCCAAUACUCAGAAGUUACCUAAUCAAAAGGUGAUGCAUGCAAGCAAAUCCUUAAGAGUGAAUGCUGCCAUAAAGGAUAAAAAUAUGUGUCAAGAUGAACCAGAAUCUGAGCUGCUCAUAGUUGGAGAAUGUGAGUCUUUACCCACCAUCAUGAAUACACUUUCUGGAGAUGUUGAGUACAUUGUACUAGAUGACGAUACUCUAAAUCUCAGUUCAAGUGCAGAAGGAGCAGUCUCUCCUGAUGCUCUUAAAUCUAAAAUUAAUAACAUAUAUGAGGAUAUUGAUGAAAAACCUGACAUUCGUUGCAUUGAAAGUAGAUUAACAAAUAGAAAGGAAAUUAAAUGUCGCCGAGUCUCGGAUUCAAGCAACCAGUUGAUAAAUAUUGAGCAUUCUGAAAGAAACUUGGAUACCACAGCUUCAUCCAGCCUAGCUGGGGUCUGCACUAACCGCUGCCCAUCCAUCAGAGAUAUCUUUGGUGAUGUGAGCAUUAAGGAAGAACCAAUAGAUGACAUUAAAAAUGAUAUGACAGUUGAUGACUUCAGCAAGGAAAUUAAAAAACUUUCUAAUGAUGAUUUGAGUAUAAUUAGUGAUACUGGAGUAAAAAAGAAGGAAAUUAAAGAAGAGGGAUAUGAUGAAGGCACCAGCAAAGGACUCUUUGCUAGGCUUAUCAAAGAAGAGAUCACAGGAGAUGAAAAAAACAAUGAUGCACACAGUUCAGAUGACUCCCUCGGCCCUCUUCAGAUAGAUGAAGACAGCCACAUGCCCUCUAUUGAAAACACUGAUACAUUGGUGGUGAAAGAGGUUAGUGAAUUUAAUAUGCCAAGUGUUAACAUAAUUAGUCCAUUUAAAAUCAGGAUCCUCUUGGGAAGUCCUAACCGUGAGGCAUUUCAAAUUCAAACAAGCCAACCACAUAGCGGAAUAUCCAAACCCGUCUCUCUCUUAAACAAACCUAAUAAAGUGAAGAAAAAUGGAACAGCACUGCCUAGAGGCUUCAAGCGAACUUUGAACAUGGAACCUGAAACUGACUUGCCACUGGUUACAGCUACCUCUACACUUCACACAAUUCAGAGUUUAACAUGUAUUUAUUGUAACACUGAAUGUCCUAAUGGUGAGGCAUUGGCUCAACACUUUGAAGAUCAUCAAAAAGACGGCCUAAUUAUCUGUUACUUUUGUCAAAAAAGUUUUGGUGAUAAAACUGGUAUGAAACGACACAUGCGAACUCAUACAGGUGAGAAACCAUACCAGUGCCAAGUUUGUGGAAAAAGAUUUAGUCUCCCAGGCAAUUUUAAGAAACACAGAGACAUACAUGAAGAUCGACGAACAGAACCAUGUGGUGUAUGUGGUAAAACAUUUCGGCGUAAAGAGCAUCUCAAGUAUCACAUGCGAACACAUACAGGUGAAAAGCCUUAUAUGUGUAGUGAAUGUGGAACAUCCUUUACUGCCAGAUACUCCCUACAAAUCCACAUGAAUAUACAUUUAGGUAAGAAGCCAUAUAAAUGUACUUAUUGUAAUAAAGCUUUCUCAGACAAAUCCACUAUGAGGAAACAUGUUCGAGUGCACACAGGAGAAAAACCCUUCCGAUGUCAAGAGUGUAGACGGUGUUUUGGAGAAUCUGGUACACUAGCAGCUCAUAUGGCAACUCACCGCAGUGACCGACCUUAUAAAUGUGACAAAUGUGAACUUCGUUUUAAAACAACCGGAGGAUUAAGACAACAUGAAAAGGUGCAUUCUGGUGAAAAACAAUUUGCUUGCAGAUUUUGUGGUAUGAAAUUCCUCCAAAAGUAUAAUAUGACAAUGCAUGAAAGAAUUCAUACUGGAGAAAAACCAUAUACCUGCUCUCAUUGCCAGCGUAGUUUCCGUAGUCGAUCAUGUUUAGCUAAACAUGUUGUGUUACAUGGAGGUGAUGAUGAACGCCGCUUUCGCUGUGAUCACUGCAGCAGCCGCUUCUACCGCAAAGCUCACCUCAGGCGCCAUAUUGAUAUGCACUUGGGAAUAAAAAAUUAUGAGUGCAACACCUGUUCAAAGAAAUUCUGCACAAGGGGAACGCUCAAAAGUCAUCUCAAGACUUUCCACAGCCAUGGAGCAAGGAGAUUCCCAUGUAAUUGGUGUGGUCGAGUGUUCAAACGCCAAGUAUAUGUAAGCACACAUGUGUGUCUCAAGAACCCAAUCAAAUGUGAAAGUGGAGAGCAGGAAACACAUGAUCAUCCCAGGUCUGUUUCUGACAUUAAUUUGGAUAAGAACAUUUCGAGUGACUCAGAGGGCUCUAGUGUUGAGGUGAAGAGUGAACCUGAAGAUGAACUGAUAGAAGAGGAUGUAGGUAUUGAUGAUGGAGAGGAAUAUUAUGAGGAUAAUGAUGAUGAUGAUGAUGAUGAUGAGGAGGAAGUAGAAAUUGAAGACAGAGAAAUAACAGAGCAAAUGAUUUUGUGUCAAUAACUCUGAUGUUGCAACAAGAAUAACUAAUAACAAACCUUCCCAUCCAGAUUACUAACUGAUACCAUUAAGUAUUAAAGUGACUGGAAAGCUGUAUUAAUUGCACACAAAGUGUUAUUCAUUAGUCCCACAUCAUCUCUCUAUUCAAUUUAAAUAUAUUUGUAUCUCAGACGAAGUAACAUGUCAUGUAUUUUAAUUUUAUACUAUUCAGUAGUUCAUUAAAAUACCACUCUUAUUUAAGUUGAAGGUUUUACAAUUCUCAUUUUUACAAGAUGUAUGUGUAGUGUAUUAUUUUAGCUAGUGUAUUCUGAAUGGUUCAUACAAGUGAAUAAUUUAUUUUUUCAUUAUCAAAUUCUAGUCAUGUGCUUUAGCAGUUGUUGUUCAAUGUUAAUUUAUCAAUGCAGUAAUCAUGUCUCGUGAAUAAUAUAUAGGCAGUCGAUAGGAGUUGCACUCAUCUAACAGUUGAUUCUUUACAAGACUUUAAAUCUAGCACCAUUGCCAAAGUCACAGUUGAAUGGCCAUGUGUGACUUGACAUUUAUAGUAACUGAAAAUUAUUUUGUCAAGUUUCUAUGAAAAUUGUAUUUGCAAAAUAUCUUGUUAAAGAUGAUUACACCUUCUUGUCACUUUUGGUGAUCUUACAGUACCCUGUGGUGUCCAUAAUUAUCUGUAGUAGUGCAGUUUUUGUCUGUGGACGAAAACAUGUGGUUCUGUUAUGUGUAAGUAUCCAAUAGGAAAGUGAAAGAAAAUUCUAAACGUUUUCAUGUUUCACCACAUUAUCAAGGAAAUGCAGACAGAGGACACAAAAAUUUGGGAUUAUAUACCCAACUACACCUGACUAGACAAAGAACCAUAAGUUAAAAUAUUGAAUAAUGAUCAUGAAAGUCACUUCCAUUAUUUAUUUAUUUAUUAUAUGCACAUACAAUGACUAGAUUUUAACUGGUACUUUAACCAUUAUAGAUAAUACUUUCUCUUUGGUGAGACAUUACAUAUAUGGUAUUACUUACUUAUUAUGAAGCACCUUACAUUGUAUAUUAAGAAAAAAUAAUUAUAAAAAUUUAUUUUAUAAGAUAGUGCAUUUCAUGUGAAAGAUACUCAGAUAGGGUGCAUGUUGAUAAUAAAGUUUGCAACAUAAAUUAACUAAUCAGUACUGUAAUAUCAUUAAUGUAGCUACAUAUAAUUUACUCUUUAUAUCUGUUGAUACCCAAUGUUUUUGACAAUUUAGUUACAAAUAUUUAUUAUUUAGAAGUUAAUGAUUUUUUAGUUAUUAAAAUGUGUUAUUUUUAUACAAAAGUAUAUCCAGAUUUGUUUUGUAUUUUAUUCAAAACAGUAUGCUAAUUUGUAUAUACAUUAUUUGCUGUUGUUUAACCUCCCAACAGUAUAUAUGGUGCUGUGUCUGUCUUUAUUGCCAUGCUCAACAGUAUUCUCUGUUGUUAGGACAGUACCACAGUAUAGACAUUUUAUAUUAAAAUACUUAUAUGGAAAAUCACAAUCAGUGAUGAAAAAUCAGGCUUUGAUUGAAUAUAAAAAUGCAUUUCUCAGCAUGACACUUUGAUGUUCCCUAAGACAAGAUUGUUGAAGAUUCUAUUCAAAAGCAUCAUGAUAGUUAUGGCAGGAUGAUAUUUCACAUUCUUGUAACAAAGAUGUUUUCAAUUGUUCUUUUCAAAUCAUACUAGUGCUAGGGAGGCACUGGAGAACACAUAGCCAGAAGCAAUACAAGAUAGAACUGAAGUUACUGUAGAAGAGAUAAAAAUACACCUGCAGGAACUGGAUGUAGCAAAAACAGUAGGACCAAACCAGAUAUUACUGUGGUUACUGAAGGGAUUCUAUUUUACCCAUUUACUAAAGCUUUCAAUAAGAGAGCUUCCAGAGAUAUGAAAAAAGACAAAUGUAAUUCCAGUAAUUAAGAAAGGAGACAUAUAUGUAGCACUAAACCAUAAAUCAGUGUCACUAACAUGCAUCCUACAGAGAAUACUAUAAAAGUCAUAAGGAAAAUUGUUGGGGGGCAUUUGAAGAGGGUAAAUUUUUUAACAGAGGCACAACAGAAGAAGAAAAUCAUGUGCAAGUAACAUACUUGAUUGAAUUAUAUGACAGUCAUAAAAAUAAAGCAAGAGAGUGGAGGAUUGAUAUACUGUAAUUCCUAGACUGCCAGGAAGCUUUUGAUACAGUUCCUCACAAAUUAUUACAGUAAUACAUAAGAUGGAGAUGAGCAGAGAUAAGGGAGAAACCACUGAACUAAGGAAGAGAGUACAGACAGAUAGGAACUAGUCAUAACCAUAGAGGAAAUAUAUCAGGCUGGUUAGGAGUGGAAAGUGGGGUUCCUCAGGGCUCUGUUCUAGAGCCCAUUGCUUUUUGUAACUGAUGUAACUACUAAAAUAACUACCAAUUAUUUUGUACAUAUCAACAUUUGCAGAUGAUGCAAAAUUAACGAAGGGAAAAAAAUGAUGAUUGUUGAGUGAUACCUGUUUGAUGGGAUUCUGGGAGUUUUACUACCCAAGCCUAGCCUGAGGCCAGGCUUGACUUUUGCUGCAAACUUCAGGAGUGAACAAACAAAUGUAAUCUAAAAUUCAAUCCACAUUAGACUAAGGUAAUGCAGAUGGGAAAAGGAAAUAGGAGAUACAGGCACUACACCAAAAUUGGGAAAGCAACUACAAGAAGCAAUAAGAGAAAAAACCUAGGAGUAGAUAUAAUCCCAACACUAGCCACCAAAAGGUUACAUAAACAGAAUAACAUCAGUGGCAUAUGAGAAGUUGGCAAACAUAAGAAUGGCACAUAAGAAUCUAAACAAGGAGAUUUUCAAACCAUGUACACUGCCUGCAAGACCAUUACUGGAAUAUGCAGCAGUGGCAAGGAAUCCAUAUCUCAUUAAGCACAAAAAGAAACUUUAGAAAGUACAGGUAUGUAACUACUGUAGAUUAAUACCAGAAUUGAGAGGGUUCGGCUACGUGGACAGAAUAAGAAAACUCAGCUUCAAUGCUUUAGAGAAGAGCAAAAAGGGGUUUAUGAUUACAGUACUACAUUCAAGAUAUUGAAGGGAAGAGAGAACAUGGACAAGGGCAGCCUAUUUAAAUUGAAAGUAGGUAAGACAAGACAUCAGUGGAAGCUGGAUACACAUCAAGUCAUAGAGAUGUAAGGAAAUUCUCUGAUUCUGUAUGAUAGUCAGCAAGUGGAAUGUAUUAAAGGAGGAAUUUGUUGACGCCACUUUCAUCCACAACUUUAAGAUAAAAUAUUUUGAACUUGAGUGUUGUGAGAUGUAAUUAGUGCAACUGGAAUAAAUGAUAAGGUAGCAGGGCCUAAAGUGAUAGACUUCACAAAUCGUCCUCUCGAAUAGUACAUCGUAUUUUGAUGUAUAAAUCCCCCAAGGCUAAAAUCUUAAGGUUUAAAAACUGUUGUACUAAAAAUCAUUGUGGCUUGCAAAAUUGACGUAAUUUCCCAUUUUCUAUUCGUGGGUCCUCAUUAGGUUAGGUUCGGACAAUUUAGUACAUCAGUUUAAUGAUGUUGGGAACACUUCAGAGAAUGGACUGAGAUUUCAUUACUAGUAUUCCUCAAUAACUGACAAGUAAGCACUCAAAGCCUAACCAAGCCCUGCCAGGCGUUACAAGGAUAUUUAAAUACUUCUCGUGCAAACUGCUAGUUGCCUACCUAGGUGCCAGACUCAACCACCACCAUAUGACAGCACCUACACCAACCUCAGGUCCCCUGCCUUGUUUCCCACCACAUUUUAACAAAGAUAAAGCAGGGAAAUUGGGGAAGGAAUGCAGGCAUCAGUGUUUAUUGCUCUGAAAUUAUCUUUUUGAAACCAGUUGGUUGAUUUCUGAGCUAUUCCACAGCAGCAAUAAUAAUAGGGUAAAAGCUUACCUGAGCUGUAGAAUGGAAUCUUCAAAGUUACAGGGCAGGCAGUACAGUACUCUAUAUUGAAACACCGAAGAUCAAUGCAGAACAACUUUGGCCCGACUGGAGCAGUGCAGAUUACUAGUCCUAGAGAAGAGCCUUGCAAGUGAAAUACUAAUAGUGCAGUCUGGGAAUUCUGGGGAGGUAUUGGGCAAUAUAUUUUUGACUGGAUUGCCAGAACCCAAGCUAAUAUGUCAUAACAGGAUAUUGCCAAGAGCACUUUCAGUUUCACACUUCUGUAUGCCAUACGCUUAAGGAUACACCUGCAACUAACUAAACUUGACCAUUCUGUGUACAAUGUAAACUUCUUUAUAGCAAUUAAAGUGUGCUAGAGAAUAUCAAACUAUGAGAAUGAACUAGAUAUGAGGAUUUUGGCUUAAUUCCAGCAAUUUUUUACUGACAAUAAUACAACAUGCUUCUUUUUUAGCAUAGAGUAUAUUUAAGGUGUGUGAUAAAAAUACUUGUAAUGAUAAAUUUCCUGAAUGUUGAUGUGAGCCUGCACCAAUGUCAGAUACCAACUUCAAUGGCAACAUCAUGGAAGCUGGUAAUAACGCCUUAACCCAUGCUAUAAGCAAUAUUAAACAGCUCAAGAGAGCUAGAAUUCACCAAGGGACUCAACCCUAAAAACUAUAGAUAGAGGUAGCCAAAAGAGAUCCCCCAAGGGCAAAGGACAAAGAAAUAAGAACCAAUCCAAUUACAGUAAUAACCAGUGAUAAACAAAAUUGGAUAAUGGAUAAGCCUAUUUAAAAUCUUUAGUUGGACAUGACCCAGCAAAUAUGCCAUGUAGGUAAAGUUCAGGUUGCCAAAUACACUUUCAAGAUUCCCAAUGUGAGAGGUGGUGUUAUCCCAGGACUAGCAUGGUCUCCAGAAGGGAAGUGGAGACCAUCUUGGUGUCCUACAAGAGCUCCAACCACAGAAAAUACUGUGAAGACUGGAUCUGGAACUUCAGCUGGUUGAUGAUAUAGUUAAAUUUGCCCAGCACCACCAACACCAGAUCUUGGGCUAACAGUCAAAGCUACAGACAUUAAAUCCAGAUAAGCCAAUUGAUGAGGUAAGCCAAGACUUUGUUCUCCAUGGUAAGAAUCUCCUGGGUGAGCUUAUCAUGGAGAACAAUCUAGUGAGCCUGAUUUAGUCCAAAAGGAUGAGCCCAAAAGUGUCAAGACAUGCUACUCAUCCAGAAGCCAAGCAGUUCACUGAAUCUUGGACAAAUGAACAUUUACCAAUAGGCAUCCUAAAGGUUUAAAGACCCAAAAGUGGGGCAAGAACAUCUGGUAGCCCACUGGCCCUGACAAAUCAAGGAUUAUUCCCUUUUUGGUGAAUCAAACAGGAACCCAAGGCACCACUAAGGCUCAUGAAUCCCUGGCCCUAAGUCAACUGAAAGGCAUACAGGCAUUCUCCAACGGACAGCAAUUUCAUGUCCAUGGGAAAUUAGUCCACCAGAAACUACACACAAGAAGCUGAAAAGCAUGACUACAACCCUUCAUUCCUCAAGAGGAAGUGUGUGCCAUGGAUUUCAGCCAAAAUACCUAGUUCAAUGACUGAAAGAAUGUUCUGCAUUAUCCAAAACCUGCUGUUAAUCUUCAGGAAAGAGGAGACAUACGAAGGAUGAGAACACCAGACCAUAAAAUAAAAAAAGGACACAGCCCAUGAAAAAAAAAAAUAGAAAUACAGCUAAGAACAACUUAGCCAAGGCCUGACCUAGAUAAGUAAACAAACAGUUCGCCCACACACACAGCUAACCUGAGUGUCCUUGAGGAGUGCUCAGCUGAAGCCAAACCAAACUGGAACAGAGGAGUCUGGUCACCAGGCUGAUCAAGUUUCACUUAAAAUACGUAUCAAACAAUACAAAAUCAACUCUAAAUAUACUUCCUUUGCAAGUUCAAGCGUAUAUGAAACGUUGGUUUCUAAAGAUAGAAUGCAAGGUACUUACAUAACUGAACCUGGUCACAAGCCUGCCCAGCCAUCCUGGGAAUGAGUAAUGAAGGAAUGUUAUGAGGCUUGAGGCAGGGUACAUAAGGUUGGUGAAGGUGCUAUCACCUAGUAGUGGUUGGCAAUUGGCAGUCACUGUGAUGUCAAGUAAGGCUUCGUAAAAAAUUGAACGAAUUAACUUGCUUUAAUUACCAUACGCUGGAUUGAACUUUUCUCCAGUACAAUACUGUACUUCCGUAUGACCAGUAUAAUCCCGAGAAUGGCUUGUGAAAAGAUCUUUGUCGCACCAGUGUGGAAUAUCACAUAUCCAUGACUCAUAAUCCUGUCCACUGGGACUUUCAAUGAGCUUGGUUUAAGAAAUAUCUGAGUGGAAUGGCUAUGAAAUAUAAAUUAUGGUGGCAGUAGAUAUUAAAGUGCACUCAAUGUUUUAAUUCUCUGUGAGAGGCAAAAUUCAUUCUUCACAUUUAAGUUUUGUAAUGUUAUUAAUUUAAUAUGAAGGAAUAUUUUUUGUCUAGUGUAAAAUUUGUAUUUACAAUUUGUCAAUAAAUGAUGGAAUGAUGCUCAAAUAACUUUCUGAAUUAGCUAUUAAAAUAAGCCUCAGGGAUUAGAGGUGUAUAUGUAUGUAUGUAUAUACACACGCACACACACAACAUAUAUGCCGGUGUACAAGUCGAUCUAGUGCAAAGGUCGACCCCUAAAUUUUUUAGGUGUAAUUCAGGUUUGGGCCUAUAUUUAGGCCCUUAGGACGAUUCCCCAAAAUAAGGCAGCACCGCUUCCCCUGCCCUACUGUAUGGAAACAAAAAACUAUGAUAUCUCAUAUACACCUUAACAAAUAUUUACCACAUAAGGUUAAGGUGCUAGAAUUAGUUCUUUCAGCAGCCAGGUCAACCUCUAGUCUCUGAUAAACUAUUGGCUAAGUUUCUUUUGUUGGUAUCACUCAUAGGCUACACAAAUAAACAUGCACCAAGUAGCAGAAACACAAUGGUAUUAAAAAUUUAUUACAGAAAUGCUGGUAAUAUAGAGUGAUAUCAAAUGACAAUACUGCUGAAACAAUUUCCAUAAACUUCUACCGGUAUGUUGUACCAUGUGCUAGUAUAAAUAAAAACAAACCAAGAUGUGCUUGCCAUUCUUCAUUUACACACAUAAAACAUUGAAAUACAGUAUAUACUAAAUUAUUGUAAAAUAAAAGUACAUGUGAAGAAAUUAAUACAAUUUCCAAAGAGUAAAUACUGGUACAGUAGAUGUAAAAUUUAUUUUCUACACAAACCCAUAGUUCAACAACUAGCUGCUUGGUGUUGGUGGCGCCACUGGUACGCCGAUCAACUGUUGUAAAUGGAGAGUUUGCAGGGCUAUGUUUUCUACAACUGUAAUGUAGCAUGUAUUAACCAUUGUGACUAUACCAUUUCGUGGUGAAAUUAGUUUUUUCCGAUAAUGUAGUUGAAAUUUUCACUUUUCCAAUUGUUUUCUUCUAAAACACUUCAGUCGCAAGUGAAUUCUAACUCACAGGGUUAUCCAGCCUAAAGGCAGGUGGUGUCAGUGGUUGUCAGAGGCAACCACAGUAAAGCAUGUUUGGAUUAUGGACUUUUAAAGAAAUUGCAACCACAGUGGACUGCAUUGCAAUAAUUCCCUGAAUUUUAAGGACUUGAGAAAGUACGAGCAUCAUUUCACAUUACUGUAUGUAGCCUUCAUAUUGCAUUAAGAUUUAUCUUCUUAAUGCAUGGUUGCAACAUAACCUUGAAACAUGCCUAUCACUACUUUGCCAACUUAUAGUUGUAAUCAUAGGUUAAGAAUAACAGAAGUACAUAUAUGUUCAAAUAUAUUUUCAUAAUCAACUAUUGCUGGAAGUCAAACAUUUGUAAAAACUGUAUUGAAGAUAAAAGAAUAACUGGCAUUACUACUUAAAUUCAUUACAUUUGUUAGAAACUAGUACAGUCAUUUAUUGUUGUGGUGAGGUGUGUAUUUAGUUAUAAAUUAAAAAAACCAUUGUUGAAUGUAAUGAAAUGCCAUUUUCUGGGUGAGCCCCAUUGGUUUCCUGAAGCUAUGCUGAUAUAGUGCUAAACUAUUAGGUGUCAUUAUUUGCAGAGUUCUAUUUGGCCUACUGGAGAUCAUGAGCCAGAACCUGGCCCCCCUUCUAAAGAGGUGCAGGGAGCAAUGGUAUUUAUGAUAGAAUUUCUAUGAAUUUAUUCAUGUCUGCUACCAUUGAGUAAGGCAUCCAGAAAGUUAGUGAAAUAAAACAAACGAUCAUAAAUAAGACCACAGCCUCAAGAACCACCAAAAGAACUCCCCCAACAAUUUAAAUGACCAAAAAGUCGUGAAACUUGCACAAGUUCAUUUGCCCCACCCCGCCCCUCAUUGGGAGGGAAGGGGAGGGAUGUAGCCUUGGUCAGCUGGUUGCUCCACCCUCAGUUCUAUUGAUGGAAACAACCUCCUGACACCUUGGGGGAGAAAGGGUGUCAGGGAGCCACCAGGGUUCAACCAGUAAUUGGUAUUUCAUUACUUUCAAUGCUGAUUUUCUGGGGGGAAGCUCCUUUUGGUUCCCUGAAGCUCACUACCUGUGGAAAAGGAACAAACGAGCACCAACCAGAGUGGAGGGAACUCCGCAGAAAGAAAGAUGAAAACAAGACACAGCUGCAAAACAGGUCCCAAAACUAAACAAGGGUGCUGGGGACCAAUCACGGAGAGAAGACAUUGAGCUGCCAGAAUGCAGGACAAUCCCCAAAACCCCCAAAUGCCCAAAAGCAGCCAAGGACAGCUGAAGAAUGGCACAACUGUAAAAAGAAUGGGAAUGUGGACAGACCCCCCAGGCCAGUCAGACAAUGAACCCACAGAUCCUGCAAGACACAACCGAAAGCCACACAAAGGUGCCGAGGCCUGGGCACAGCAAAUGAGGCUGGGUCCCAGAUCCCUGUGCAAGCUUCAUAAACUCUGCUUCCAAAGAACAGCCUAGAAUGGACAAAGAAACAGCAAAAAAACAAACAUCAAGGGCAGGAGGGAAGACCACAGGCUAGCGCCACUAAAUGACACUGCGAAGAACCAGAGAACGAACCUCAGAACAAGGGACCAAGAUGACAAUACAAACCACAGAAGGCCACCGAGGCAGAACCGGCAGCACAAGGAAAUGGCAAAACUGCCACUGAAGACAACUCAAGAACUGAACCAACCCCAGCUGAACCAACCAAGCAACAACAACCAGGGAAGCCCUUUGGAAGCCAACUGACUCUGACUCUACUAGAAAAAAAAGGAGCUGGCAGCAAUGAACAAGCCAUCUGACAGGGCCAAAGGAACAAAAACAGAGGUGUUGGAGGAGAGCAAAAAGUUCACCCAACAAGCAACCUGAGGCAAGAGAGACCUAAGCAAAAUCAGGACAGAAGGUGAUACUGUAAACAGAGUGGAGAGAGGAAAAGAAAGAACCUGGUCAAGAGAUGAAACAGGUUCAGGCAGCACAAUAGCGGUCUAUGAGACAGCAUGCGAAACAAAGCCAAGGCAAAAUCGACCCUGAAUCCAAGCCGCAGCAGCUCCACAAAUGCCACACUAGAGGUGACAGGAAUUGACAAAUUUACUUCUGCCAAUAAAAAUACAAUACAAAAAACCAUACAAACAAAUAAAGCCCAAAGAGAAAGGAGAGUGUCAUAUGCUCAGACACCAAAGACCGGCGCUGGAGAGAAAGGAAGCUGCGAAAAAAGUGCCAUGAACUCCACACUGUUGGCACGAAGAACUGCAGAUGGGACAAUUUUAUCGAAGCCACCCACCAAACUGCAAACCUCAACAGGAAAUGGGAUGAGCCAAGACAUUCCAGGGGUCCAGAAAACUAAGUCAAGAACCCAUCCCACAAAGAGACCGACCGUGGCAAACGCUGGCAAUUAGAAGGGGAAAGGAGAAAAACCGGGUCAGCUGGGAAGCACCAAAGACCACUGAAACCCAGGACAGAGCUGGGAAUAAAUGGGGAAACUCACAGAAAUGUCAAGGUCACUCUGACCAAUCCUGAAAAAAUCCACACUGAAAACAGGCGAAAGGAGGAAACUCGCCUCAAAGUCCGGAACCCUCAAAAACGUGGGGGAGGAGGGAAGGCCUACCAACCACAGCACAGACCUAGGGCAACUUGAAAGGCCCACAAACUUGAGACAAAGAGAUGGGAAACAAGGUGAUUCGUCAUCCCCCACCACCUGCUAGGGGAAAAAAAAAAAAAAGCCAUCACAAACCGGAAAAAGCUGCCCACAGAAAGAUGAGCCUAGAGUCGACCAGACGGAGAAUCUACCAGGAUGCACAGUAGACUCAACAUCUUACUCCCCAUGAGGCCUGCCUCAACCAACAAUAGUCAACACCCGAGCUCAAACUUAUCGAAAAGAGAACGAGGACUCCGUGGACUGAGGCCCUAACAAGCUGAGAAGUUGUAGACACAAAAGAGAAACUGUGCACCAACUCCGCAAAAAGAGGAGAAAAGAAAUGAGAGGUAGACUGGGGAGCCAGGACUCAUGCCAACCAAGAAAAUGCCAAACCAGCCAGAUGACCUGGACGUUGGACAGAAAGGAAGAGUCUACCAUCUCUUAGAGUACAGGAAUGGGCAACAUGGAAUACAGCUGAUGCAGCAACAGUGAGGGCCAAGCAGAAAGCAGCUUAAAAGAGGCCCAGAAUGCACAACAUAAACCCAAAAGCAGUACAGCAGAAGGACAACCAUCACAAGGAUCGGCUACAACAAGGGAACCAGGCAGCAACCCAAACCUACACCCCAGGAAAAGUGGGAGCAAACAAGCAAUCAAUGAAAAGCACAAAAGAAGGCUCAGCCAAAAGCCCCCACCCUAAAAGAGCAAUGACAUUACAAAAAUGGUGCGAAACACCAAGAGACCAUCUACCACCCAGGAAACAGUGGAACUCUAACCAACAUUGACAAGGAACCAGAACAUGAAAGAAGCACAAAAAGAGAAGCCUCAAGCUGCAAAAAGGGGGCCCCCUGAGAGGUUUGGGACCUCAACCCCAAAAGGACCCAAGGCAUGUGGGAUCGAUCCUAGGGGGAAGCUGCAACCUAUCAAAAUAAACAGAGAGGGGAAACAAAACAUCGCCCCCUGUACCAAAAUACCUAUUGCAAAAGGCACGACAACCAAUGGAGGGUCCAAAGAGGGCCCAAGGACACAACUGACUUCCCCCAAGCCCCAGGGCAGAGUUCCCAUCAAUACCCACCCCCUGGAUAUAGAAGCAGUGUCCAAGGGAGAGGCCUCAAAAGGAGGAGGACUGGCUGUGGAAGGAGUACCCAAAAACCUCGAUGGACCAGUAGACUCAACUGCCUACUCACACAAAUUGAAAGGGCAAUUCUCAGAGCUGACCGAAUCGCAUCCUGAGGUAAACCCCACCGUGGCCCCAAGAUGCUUAGACUCCUCAUGACCAGAAGCACGGGGGUUAGGGGGAGAGAAAGACAUACCUUGCCCAACGGGAAAGGAAGAGGAGGGGGAAGACGGAACCACAGCUGAAUUAAUCAACACCUCCAAAUUGGGGUCCCUAAACACCAACCAGGGCAGCUCUGGAGGUAUCCGAGCACACAACCCAGACUGCUGAUACCUAAGAACCCAACAUGCAAGCGGUCGCCACCUGAAGACCCCACUGAAAGGGUCAGAAGGAGAGCAACAUGAAGGAAGCAAGCCUCUUCUCCCCCCAUGACUAAAUGCCGAAGGUGUCACCGACCCAACAGGCAGCGCGCAGGAACAGACGAAUCAAACGCUGCAACGUGAUUUGGACGACAGACAACCCUCAACCUCACUCAAAGCAUGAGCGGGUUUGGUGGGAAUACUGCUAUAAGCACCGAACCCACUGGGAAAUUUCCAGGGCCUGAAGAGGGGGAAAAAAACCUACAGGUAUGCGCAGGCACUGGGAAUGCUAUGCCGGUAUACAUAUAUGAUCAUAUAGGCUUCCUCGAAAUAUAUAAUGGAAAGGAGAGAGAGAAUAAUAAGUUAACACAGCCCAAUCAUAUGGCUGUGAAGGCUGACCUUAGUGCACAGGUCAAAGUUGUGCAAACUCCAGUGUGCUCUGCCAUCCAAAAUUGUACACAACCUGAGAGAAAACAGGAAAAUCAAAGAGCACUGACUCAUCCAGGACGAAUCCUACCACAAGCAAGGACCUCCAAAGGGGCAAUCCCAUAACACUUAAGGGAAGAUAACCCUGGCUGUGCAGGGGCAGCACUAAAAGAGCACAGAAGGAAAAUAGCCCAGUUCACAUGCAGCUCCAAGCGAUCUUCACUCCUGACUCACGUUGCACGAAAGUGCACGGGAACAGCCACAAAAGCAAAAACACCACUUAGCUGAAAACAGGACACUAAGAGUAAAAUAAAGAGGACCCCCAAGCACUGCUACUAUCAGCAAUAGAACUGAAGGUGGAGCAGUUGGAUGGCCUAAGCUGCCUCCCCUCCUUCCCAACAAAUGAGGGGUGAAGGAGCUCGCAUUAGUUUCGUGACUUUUCGAGCUUUUGUUUACAUUGUUGGGGGAGUUCUUUUGAUGGUUCUGGAAGCUGCAGUCUCAUUUAUAAUCAGCAGUGGUUUGUUUUGUUUUGCCGACUUACUGGGUGCCGUCCCUGGUGGUGGCAGACAUGGAUUAAUUCACAUGAAUCUUAUCAUAGGUGCCAUUGCUACCUGCAACUCUCUAGAGGGGGGCCAGUUUCUGGCUCAUGGUCCCCAGCCUUAGGACAACUAGAAGUCUAUAACUGAUGGCACCUAUUAGUAUAGUAGCUUCAGUGAGCCGCAAGGAAAUUCCCCAGAAAAUGUCAUUGUCCAGAGGUGUCAUCUGACUAUCAGUUAUUGCAAUGCAACAUUUUAAAUAUACAGUAUUUCCUCCUAUUCUUUGUUGCUGUGAUCAUAUCAUUGUAUAUAUCAUGCGACAUCAGUUUCAUAUAUUCUGCUUUCAUUAUCAGUUAAGUAUUUAUUUUAUAAUUUUAUUUAUAUGUAGCUAAUACUGUAGUUCUAAACUUUUAAUAAAAGUCACAAAGUUU